AUGGGAGAUGUUGAGGCCAUAUUGGGGCGGUGCCUGGACGCACCCAGAGUCACAAAGAUCUGGCAGACUGCGGGGGUCCCACCACUCACAAGCACGGCCCAUCCUUUCGGCUCGUACAGAGCUGCAAUUUGGGGAGAGCUGAGAAGAAAAUUCCCCACUCCAGUAAACAAAGGGGCGGUGGCAUCUUGUAAAUGGCAGCCUCAAGAGAUCCCGUCAGCAUAUCUAUCCAGAGCACAGGUCAUUUGGCAAGCGGCGUUCAGAGAGCCAUAUGACUUCUCGGGUACUACACUUACGCUCUGGCGUACGAUGGUCGUAUCAGGUCUCCCAGCGACUGUAAAAACCAAACUCCUCGGAAUAGUGGGUCUAGAUGAGAUGGCUCCGCCAGCGUGGGAAGCCCAGCUUCGCCACUAUCUGUCCAAGCACAUGGAGGGAGAAGAAGACAUGGACACGGAGCUAAAAGACCUACAGAGACAACUCCUUAGAAAACAGCUCAAAGAACAAGACACAGCGCAGGCUGAGAAGAAAGCGAAAGCCAAACAAAUGGCGCAGACUACCGGAGUCGAAGGACAGCUCCAGGCGAUAGGUGCUCAGAUAAUGGCUCUACAAAUGUUGAUUAACUGCCGUUUGUCAAAGAUGAGCUGUUCUAAUCUGGUCUCAGCUCUGAAGUCCAACCCCUCCCAUCUGAGAGAGCUGGAUCUGAGUAGAAACUACAACCUGCAGGAUUCAGGAGUGAAGCUGCUGUCUGCUGGACUGGAGAGUACACACUGUAGACCGGAGACUCUGAGGUUGUGGAGCUGCAGUUUGUCAAAGAACAGCUGUUCUUCUCUGGCCUCAGCUCUGAAGUCCAACCCCUCCCAUCUGAGAAUGCUGGAUCUGAGUGACAACAAGCUCCAGGAUUCAGGAGUGAAGCUGCUGUCUGCUGGACUGGAGAGUCCACACUGUAGACUGGAGACUCUGAGGUUGUGGGACUGCAGUUUGUCAGGGAUCAGCUGUUCUUAUCUGGUCUCAGGUCUGAAGUCCAACCCCUCCCAUCUGAGAGAGCUGGAUCUGAGUCACAACAAGCUGAAGGAUUCAGGAGUGAAGCUACUGUCUGCUGGACUGGAGAGUCCACACUAUAGACUGGAUUCUCUGAGGUUGAUGAAGUGCAGUUUGUCAGAGAUCAGCUGUUCUUCUCUGGCCUCAGCUCUGAAGUCCAACCCCUCCCAUCUGAGAGAGCUGGAUCUGAGUGACAACAAGCUGAAGGAUUCAGGAGUGAAGCUGCUGUCUGCUGGACUGGAGAGUCAACACUGUAGACUGGAGACUCUGAGGUUUAGUCUCUGCAGUUUGUCAGAGAUCAGCUGUUCUUCUCUGGCCUCAGCUCUGAAGUCCAACCCCUCCCAUCUGAGAGAGCUGGAUCUGAGUGACAACAAGCUGAAGGAUUCAGGAGUGAAGCUGCUGUCUGCUGGACUGGAGAGUCAACACUGUAGACUGGAGACUCUGAGGUUGAGUGAAUGCAGGUUGUCAGAGAUCAGUUGUUUUUCUCUGGCGUCAGCUCUGAAGUCCAACCCCUCCCAUCUGAGAGAGCUGGAUCUGAGCGACAACAAGCUGAAGGAUUCAGAUGUGCAUGUGCUGUCUGCUGGACUGGAGAGUCCACACUGGAGACUGGAGACUCUGAGAUGGGAGACAUAUAACUCACAUGAGUCCACUCACUAUGUGUUGCCCUGCUUCUGAUCAGACGAUCAUCAGUGGAUCUGGACUCCUCCAGUCCUGCUGCUCCUCACUCCACCACCUCCUCCACCUGGACCUGGAUUUAGUUUGGUCCUUUGAUUCCUUCAUGUGUUCUGAAGCUAAAGUGUCUCUGCAGAUGAGUUCUGUUCAUGACAAUAUAACAGUAGAUGAACACAUUUAAAUGGAUGUUUCUGUUGCAGCUCCCCCCUGUGGAACGAUGAGGUUCUGCAGUUAAUUUACACAUAUUUCUCAAUAAUAGUUGGAGUUUAUAUCACAUGUAUAAAGUUACCUUAUUACCACCAAUACCAGCCUUUUCUCCUAUAAUAACAGAUACAUAUUUGCUUGUAUCAAACAGAAAGAGAAUUUGUUAUAAAAUCAGCAGCUUAAUAUUCAUUCAUUCAUACAGUAUAUAUUCAUUAAUCAUGUAUACACAUUAAAAUAAUAACCCUGACUAUCUGGUUGUUCUGUAGUUUAUUACAGUUUUAUGUGUGACCCUGCUCGUUGUCACAUUUCAUGGCUGAAGACAGACACAAAGUCACUUUGGAGCUUUUUCCCUCAGAAAUAAAUGUAGAAUCAGUCGUUAUCACCAACGUUUAUGUUCUGAUUUCAGAGGAACUGGAUUUAAAAUGAAACCCUGAUUUAAUACGACUCAGUUUAGUUUAAUGUCAGUUCUAACAGGCUGAGAAAUGAUUUACUAACAUGCCAUCAAACUAUUAAAUGCUCACGUAGAGUUUUUAUAUAAUCAAGGUUUUAUAUCUUUAUGUAUUUGAUGUUUUUUCUCCUUUUGAAUCAAUAAAGUUGAUUACUGAUGUAAAAUGACCCUCAAAUGGAGCUGUGAUCUCUACAUGAAGUUACAUCCUGAGUUCUUCUGUCUGUUAAUAAAUCAAUUCAUGAAAAUUAAAACCACCUCGA